UUUUGGUGAUAUUUAAUGGUAUUUAUUGUUUUUGGUGUUCUGCUUUUCAUCUGAUGUUACGUCUGUUUUGUCUACUGCUGUUUGACAUUUGACAUGAAAUUUCCCCUCAGAUAUUUUUUAAGUACCUAUCUACUUAUCUAUCUAUAUGUAGGAGGCAUCAGUCAUGGCUGAGCUGCACCAUCACAAUGUGGUGUGUCUUUUGGGGGUAGUGACCCAGGAGCAGCCUGUCUGCAUGCUGUUUGAGUUCCUGAACCAGGGGGACCUCCAUGAGUUCCUCAUCAUGCGUUCUCCUCACUCUGACGUGGGCUGUAGUAGUGAUGAGGACGGGACCAUCAAGUCCAUCCUGGACCACGGAGACUUCCUGCACCUGGCCAUCCAGGUGGCUGCUGGUAUGGAAUACCUGGCCAGUCACUCCUUCGUCCAUAAGGACCUGGCAGCCCGUAACAUCCUAGUGGGGGAACGGCUCCACGUCAAGAUAUCUGACCUAGGUCUGUCCCGAGAGAUCUAUGCCUCCGACUACUACAGGGUCCAGCCCAAGCUUUACUCCCGAUCCGAUGGAUGCCUCCUGAGUCCAUGGCUAUGGGAAGUUCACGUCGGAGUCAGACAUCUGGGCGUUUGGCGUGGUGCUGUGGGAGAUCUUCAGCUACGGCCUGCAGCCCUACUACGGCUUCAGCAACCAGGAGGUCAUGGAGAUGGUGAGGAAACGUCAGCUGCUGCCCUGCCCAGAGGACUGCCCCCCCAGGGUCUUCAGCCUGAUGACAGAGUGCUGGCAGGAGGGCCCAGCGAGGCGUCCGCGGUUUAAGGAUAUCCACUGUCGUCUCCGGGCCUGGGAGGGGCUGUCAUCCCACGCCAGUUCUAGUACCCCAUCAGGAGGCGGGGGCAACGC